UUGCGAGCGGUCUGUUUCUAGGUGUCUAGCAAGUAACAGCUAUCAGCCCAGACAGCCGGCGGCAACGGGAGCGGUAUUUUUUGGUGUGUCUUUCCACGAUUAUUUGCUGCGGGGUUUUCAUAAUUAAUAGUCGCUUGGCUGAAAAUAGUGAAAACACAACCCUGACCCCUGCACAGAGAUAUGAGCGGCAGCGGGCGGCCCAGGACCAGCUCGUUUGCUGAGCCGCCAGGUGUUCCAGGAACUGCCGCUGCGUCCACCGGAUCAGCCGCUGCCGUGGGGAGCAGCACAGGAAAGUCCGGGGUCCCGCAGGCCUCCGGCAGCAGCUCGUCGGGAUGCUCGAACCUUAAGCUGGCCAGAGACAGCGGGAAGGUGACUACAGUCGUGGCCACACCAGGUCAGGGCCCGGACCGCCCACAGGAAGUCUCUUACACUGACAUCAAGGUCAUUGGCAAUGGGUCGUUUGGUGUGGUGUAUCAAGCUCGCCUCAUCGACAGCCAAGAGAUGGUGGCCAUUAAAAAGGUUCUGCAGGAUAAGAGGUUCAAGAAUCGGGAACUACAGAUCAUGAGGAAGCUGGACCACUGCAACAUUGUCAGACUACGUUACUUCUUCUACUCCAGUGGAGAGAAGAAAGAUGAAGUGUAUCUCAACCUGGUGCUGGACUUUGUCCCUGAGACGGUCUACAGGGUUGCCAGGCAUUUUAACAAGGCCAAGAGCAUCAUUCCUAUCAUAUAUGUGAAGGUGUACAUGUACCAGUUGUUUCGCAGUCUUGCUUAUAUCCAUUCCCAGGGUGUGUGUCACAGAGACAUCAAGCCCCAAAACCUGCUUGUCGACCCAGAAACUGCCAUCCUCAAGCUGUGUGACUUUGGCAGCGCCAAGCAGCUGGUCCGCGGUGAACCCAACGUGUCGUAUAUCUGCUCACGGUAUUAUCGCGCCCCUGAGCUCAUUUUUGGUGCCACAGACUACACGGCAAACAUUGACAUCUGGUCAGCAGGCUGCGUACUGGCUGAGCUGCUGCUCGGACAACCCAUAUUCCCCGGUGACAGUGGGGUGGACCAGCUCGUAGAGAUUAUCAAGGUCCUAGGAACCCCAACAAGGGAACAAAUCCGAGAGAUGAACCCAAACUACACAGAAUUCAAGUUUCCCCAGAUCAAAGCUCAUCCAUGGACCAAGGUGUUUAAACCUCGCACCCCUCCAGAGGCCAUCGCUCUUUGCUCCCGGCUGCUGGAGUACACGCCGGCCUCACGGUUCUCCCCACUAGAGGCCUGUUCACACACCUUUUUUGACGAGCUGCGCCAGCCGAACACACGACUGCCGAGCGGCCGAGAACUGCCCAUGCUCUUCAACUUCAGCACCACAGAGCUGUCCAUCCAGCCCCAGCUGAACCCAACCCUCAUUCCUCCCCACGCUCGCGCUCAUACAGCUGCUUCCGCCCACGAUGGUACCGGUUCAGAUUCAUCUCAACACAGUUCAGUACCAGGAUCUCUUAACAGCAUCUGAAGCAGCUCCUCACCUGCCUGCCAGCCUGACCCUUCUCUCUCUCUCACGCACACACGCACACACACACACACACACACACACACACACACACACACACACACACAAAAAAAAA